CCUAUGGCCGGCGCGGCGGGUACCGAACCGCCCGCCGCACAACAAAACCGACCAAUCCCCAAGCGCAGAAGGAUCCGGACAACGAACGAGAGCACGACUGCACGAGACGAUCUCGCUUCGGCCGGCGCCCCGCGACGACGAGCUCUUCCUCCUCCUCGGCUCCGCCCCCGAGAACCGCCGGCAGCGUUGGCGGGCGUCGUCGCGAGGAGGGGGCGAGGCGCCGCCGCGGCGGCAAUUGUUCGCGGGAUGAGCUUCGGCGGCAGCAGCUCUGUCGCGUCCGGUGCGAAGAGACCGUUCGAGUACGGGAGGACGCAUGUGGUGAGGCCCAAGGGCACGCACAAGGCCACCAUCGUCUGGCUCCACGGCCUCGGGGACAACGGAGCCAGCUGGUCUCAACUAUUGGAAACUCUUCCCCUUCCAAAUAUAAAAUGGAUAUGCCCAACCGCGCCUACAAGACCUGUGUCAGUGUUUGGCGGAUUCCCUUCUACAGCAUGGUUUGAUGUUGCUGAUCUUUCAGAGGAUGCUCCUGAUGACAUUGAGGGUCUGGAUGCCUCAGCAGCACAUGUUGCAAACUUGUUGUCAACCGAACCUGCUGACAUCAAACUUGGUGUUGGUGGGUUUAGUAUGGGUGCUGCUACUGCUCUUUACUCUGCAACUUGCUUUGCUCAUGGAAAAUAUGGAAAUGGCAAUCCAUAUCCCGUGAACCUAAGUUUGGCCGUUGGCCUUAGUGGCUGGCUUCCAUGUGCCAGGAUCUUGAAGAACAAAAUUGAAGCCUCACAAGAGGCUGCACAGAAGGCUUCAUUUAUACCUCUUUUGCUCUGUCAUGGAAAAGCUGAUGAUGUAGUCCUCUACAAGCAUGGGGAGAGAUCUGCUGGUGCCUUAAAGGCAACUGGAUUUUCCAAGGUGGCCUUCAAGUCGUACAACAGUCUUGGACACUACACCGUUCCAGAGGAGAUGGACGAAGUCUGCAAAUGGCUUACAGAAAACUUGGGAAUCGGCAAUUCGUCCUCUUAAUCGAACAAUGCUACGACAAAGAUUCAGCGUGGUGCUGUCCAAAUAAUACCUGUUGGUGUUCCAAAAUUCGAGGGAUAAAUGGUUUAAUAGCGAACUUGGGCUUGGGUAUACGGCCAUGUUUUAGCUUUUCAUUACGCGGACGUGUCUCGGCAAAUCUUGUAUGCUUAAAAUUUCCAUAAUUUGGUCUGUGUUACGACAAUGCUACGACAAAGAUUCCUCUGAAGUGACAGCUUCGUCUAUUUUAUCGUGGUAGCAUAGCAGUGAUGCUUUUCAUUGUUC